AUGGCCGAUGAUGCCCAUGGUGAGGAGGUCCCCGCGUCGCUGGUCGAGCAGUUUGAUCUUGUGGCGACCUUCCCUUCGCAGGAGACGGGCGCUGGCCGUGGGAAGGGCGGCAAGGGGGCCUUGCCACCCCCUCGCAAACGCGCUGCUCAUGAUCAUUCUGCUGCUGAUGCAGCUGACGGGAACGACGCCUGGUCGUCCGACGACUACCUUCGCCAGCUGUGCCGCGAUGAGUUCGACUCCAUGCGGGCUGCUCUCACUUCAUCCGUCUCCGAGUCCGUCAGGGCCACCGCUGCUGAGAACCAUUCGGUGCUGCUGGGAUCCAUCGACAAACUUCGGGAGCAGGUCUCUGGUCAGUCCGCAUCUAUCGACCAGCAGGUUCAGAGCGUGGUUCGUCCUCAAGUUGACGCCCUGGCUCGCAGGCUGCAGUCGCAGAUCGACGAGCACAAGAAGCAGAUCGACGCAUGUGAACGACGACUGGGCGAUCAUGACGACCAGCUCUCUGCUCUUCGUGCUGAAUUGGUUGAACUACGCCGCCAUCUUGCUGUCGCUGAACAACGCCCCCAGGCCCCGCCACAGAUCCCCGCAGGUUUCGACAGAGAUGCCGACUCCACCCUCCUCAUCGCGGUGGCCCAGCGUGCCACUUCGCUCGAGGCCAUGUCCGCCUGCAUUCAGAACUUCCUCUCGGAGACGGGCUUCGACUCCAGCGAGUACGAGAUUGUCUCCAAGGGCACCCUCCCGUGCAAACGCUUCGCGGUUCACUUCAAAGGGAUGGUGCAACCAGCAUCAAGAAAAGUCCUGCGCGCCCUCUCAGCCCUCAAAGAUGAGAACGGGUGGAAGGCCUUCUUCGCCGAUCUUCCCGGCCUGUCCGAGCGCACACGUGUCCACAUGGGCCCCGACAAGUCCCCGAAGCAGGUCAAGAUGGAGUACGUCCUCAGGAAGUGCCGCGCCGCCUUCGCCACCGAGUUCUCGUCCAUGCGCUUCUUCACAGAUCGGGACCGCGGGUUCCUCUCCAUCGGCUGGGACAAGAUCCUCAAGGUUGAAGUGGAGGCUGGGGGUGCUCCUCCUACUCUGCGCUGGGACGUCGCCAAGCUGGAGCGCCACGACAUCACCAAGGCCCGCGCCAUGCAGCUCACUUCUUUCCUCACGGCCUCGGCAGACGAGCCCGCUGCUGGGGCCAAAGCAGCCAUCAAGCUUAACUACCUCUCCAAGCUCGGCCUCGACAAGUCCAUCGUCUCUCUGCAGGAGGUGCACCAAGACGCCCUCCAGCUGGAACACUUCGUGCAUCGGGCUCGUGCCGAACCACAGCGUGUCCUGGUGAUUCUGAAUGGGGACUUCAACAUCUCGGAGGAGUCCGCCAUGCCCAUCUUCGAUGACAUGCUGGAGAUCCAGGGCAGCGAGCCGACCCACUACGAGCGGGCGGCGGGCAAGGCCAGCAUCAUAGAUCGCGUCUUUCUCUCCUUGCAGGGCUGGCAGGUGCGCCAGAUGAAUCUCACCUCCGCCACGAUGGGGUCGGCGGCGGCGCUCUCGGAUGCGAAAAUCUCGGUGCGCGACUCACUCUUUACUGACAAUCCCGACAGUCUCGACACCUUGUUGCAGGUGGCGCGAAUGAUAUCACGCGUGGUCUGGGGGCAAGACGUCAAGCUGGCCCUUCGGAUGCUGGAAUCUCACCCUCGCGCCCGUGAUCACAUCACCGUCCGCUCCUCCGAGUUCUACGACAUCCACAAUCGGCUUCGACAUCACGUGGCUGCUCAUCCUGAUUGGUGCACCCUGGAGAUGAUUGGUUCUGGCAGAUGCUACCCGCACUUCUGGCGCUCAGAGGCGUUCGUGGAGAUCCUCCAGAUGCAGCUCAUCGUCCUCGCCCUCAGCGUGCUGCUCAUGCUGCUCUACGUGCUCUUGGCAGGCGUGACGAACCUCACCUACGCUGGCUGCGGCGGCGAGGUGCUGGCCCACCAGCUGGUCGCGAACGAGGACAUCCGCAAGCAGGUGGAGCAGGUGUCGCGCGCCACGAGGGCCAACGCGCUGGCGUCCUCGCAGCAGGCCCGACAGGACGACGGACCCAAGGCGAUCGAGGCCGAGGUGAAG